AAUGCCUCGUGCACGCAGAUCCACCCGCCUCACAGGCGGUAAGACAAAGUACACGAAUGAUCCCUUCGAGGCAGCAGGGGUAAGCGAUGAGUCAGACAACGGGUCCAAGGCGCCCAAGGGGAGAACAGAACAAGUCAGCGACAACGAGUCAUCCGAUGAGGAAUUCCAGGCCAAUGAAGAGCAGGAUGAAGAGGAAGAAGAUGACGACCAGGGGUCCCAAGAGGACGUAGCUGGCGAAAAUGACGGCGAAGGAGCCGAAGAUGAUGACGAGGAGGAAGAGUAUGCCUCUGACCGCGGGCGCGGUGCGCAAAAGGCCAUUGCUUCUCGACCGAAACUCCAGCGAAAACGGCUCGGGGGUGACCUUGCUAUGCUGUCGAAGGAUGAGACGCAUUCGCGCGGUACUCAUAGCUCGAUGGAGCAUAUGGGGAAGAUGCUCCAUAUGAGGAUUACGUUUGGUACUGAUGAGAAGGAUCUGUUGUCUAUUGUUUAUGCGCGACAGCGGUGGUAUAAGGGUGUUGAUUCUGGGUUUCCGACUCGUGCUUCCCUAAAUGAGGCGCUGGAUGUGCCGGAUUGUGGGUUUGGGCCGACUUUUGGUGUUGAGCCGGAGGAAAUGAAGAGGGAAAGAACGCGCGGGUGGGAUUGGUAUUAUGAUAGUGAUGUGGGAGGGAGGUUUAAGAAGCGCCAACGUCUAAAGACUAUUACUGAGAAAGAAGUCUAUCAAAAAUUCAUUCCGCAGGCCAAGGAGAAGAAGCAUACCGUGCUUAUUGGGCCCGUCGAUGAUCAGAAGGUGUUCACGUUGGGACAUCAUGAGUCUUUCGAUUUUGGAGAAGCUUUUGGAGAGGCUAAGAUUCGAGAGAAAGCAAAGCCGGGCACUGGUAGCAAGUCCAAAGGUAAGGCUUCUGCACAGGAUGAUUCUACCAGUCGAGUUCGAAAGAACCGCGAAGGAUGGAUUAUCAAUCUAGGGCAGAAGGUUCAGUGUAUGGCUUGGGCUCCAAAUCAACCCGGUCUCACACAGUAUCUGGCCGUGUCUACGCCGAUAUCAAAGGGAGAGAAAGAAAAGUAUCCGGACCCGUUCAAGGACCGUGGUGCUCGAGCAUUUAGGCCAUCCCCUCCGUAUCCAUGUGCCUUGCAGCUUUGGAUGUUCAAGGCCGAGAGGGAAGAGUCUCUUACAAAACACAUUGAUAUGAACUUCAAACCAAAACUACGAAUGGCCCUAUGCACUAAUUGGGGCGAUCUAAGACGAAUGGCCUGGUGCCCAAUACGUCGAGAUUCUCGGGAAGAGGAUGAUGAUGACGCCUUGAAAUCUGUCGGGCUUCUUGCUAGUGUAUGGGGAGAUGGAUAUGUAAGAGCCCUAGAUAUCAAGCUUAGCCGCGACCCGAACAAGGCCGAAUACUACGCAGUGCAGUCUCCAGUCUUCGAAGCUAAGCCACCAUCGACUCUCUGUACAUGUUUAACAUGGCUCUCUCCAAGUGAUAUCGCUGUUGGCUGUGCCAACGGGUUCGUCGCUAUUUGGAGCAUUGUGCCUUUGCCGAACUCUCCAACAAACCCUUUCCCUUAUUUUUACCAUCCGAUCCAUUCUACAUACAUUCUUAAUCUAGCAUCGGCUUAUCCAACAAAUGCUCAUCUGAUAACGACUACGUCCAUGGACGGAGAGACGCGGCUAUGGUCGGUUUUAGAUCCCCAAACGGACAUGGUGGACUCUAACCGCAUGCGAGUGGGAUCGCCUUACUUAACGUACUCUCCUCUGCUACACUCUUUUCUCUCCAGCGACGAGAACGAUUUCGCCAGACUUUUAGCUGUGCGACGAUUCUAUACUACGACGGCAGUAGCUCGAUUCCCUAGCACAGUUUCUUCGCUGGCCCCAUGCAGCGUCUGGCAUCCCAGCGUCAUGUACGGGUGCACCAGCGGUGCGGUAGUCGCGACGAACCCCUUACGGCGAUUGUUGCACGUCAAAGAAAAGCAAUGGCAACAGACCUGGUUUACCCAUGAGUGGGCGCGUGGUGACGACGCAAGCGAUCCAGGUAUCAGUAGAUUUCACGAUGGCUACCGCGCUGAGAGCAUAAGCCUACUACGGAACAUGAUGGGGGAUCGCAAGAUGGUGAACGGGGUAAUGAUGAUCACAAUCUACGAAGAGGGAACGCAUGUCACCGCACUCUCUUGGAAUCCAAAUCAGGCAUGCGCGGGGUGGGCCAGUGCUGGUAUGGGCUGCGGACUGAUUCGAGUGGAGGAUCUGGCUACGUAACCACCCUUUUUUACAUAGUUGGUGUCCUCUCAAUCUUACUCCGAGGAUGACUGUUGUUAUAUUGAACGAGGUUCAUGACCGCCAGUCUUAUUACGUAUGUCCUGCAUGAUUUAUGGGGUUCUGUGUAUC